UGCUCGCACCAAAAACCCUUACCAUUUCCCUCCUUCUCCCCCCUUUGCUUCUCUCACUUCAAAACGCCUAUUGAAAUUAUUCAAUCUUUUUCCAGCUAGGGUUUCUAAUCCGUCCCACUAUGAGUAAUUCCAAUAAAGAUCACUUCGACAUGUCCGAUCUCGGCGCUUCUCUCCCCGCCGCUGCCGCCGCUUUGAGUGCCGAAGAUCGUGCUGGCUUGGUGAAUGCGCUCAAGAAUAAGCUUCAGAAUUUGGCUGGGCAGCAUUCGGAUAUACUCGAAACUUUGACGCCACAAGUUAGGAAGCGUGUAGAUGUUUUAAGAGAGCUUCAGAGCCAACACGAUGAGCUGGAAUCACAUUUUUUCGAGGAGAGGGCUGCACUGGAAGCUAAAUACCAGAAGCUGUAUGAACCUUUAUAUACAAAGAGAUAUGAAAUAGUAAAUGGGGUUGUCGAAGUGGAGGGUGUUAAUGAAGCCCCGAUGAACCAGGAAGAGGAUAAAGAGGCUGGAAAUGAGAAAGGUGUUCCCAACUUCUGGUUGACUGCAAUGAAGACUAAUGAAAUAUUGGCAGAGGAGAUCUCAGAGCGUGAUGAGGAAGCUUUAAAGUACCUCAAGGAUAUCAAGUGGUGCAAGAUUGAUGAUCGAAAGGGUUUUAAGCUUGAGUUCUUCUUUGAUACAAACCCUUUCUUCACGAAUUCUGUCUUGACUAAAACCUAUCACAUGAUUGAUGAUGAUGAUCCUAUAUUGGAGAAGGCCAUAGGGACCAAGAUUGAUUGGUGUCCUGGUAAAUGCUUGACGCAAAAGAUCCUAAAAAAGAAGCCAAAGAAGGGGUCAAAAAAUGCUAAACCCAUAAUCAAGACUGAGACCUGCGAGAGCUUUUUCAAUUUCUUUAAGCCACCACAAGUACCUGAAGAUGAUGAUGAUGAUGACAUAGAUGAAGAUGCUGCUGAAGAACUUCAGAAUCUAAUGGAACAAGAUUACGAUAUUGGCUCGACAAUUCGGGACAAAAUCAUCCCCCAUGCUGUGUCAUGGUUUACUGGUGAGGCUGCUGAAGGGGAUGAAUUUGAAGAUAUUGAAGAUGAUGAUGAUGAUGAUGAUGAUGAUGAUGAUGAAGAUGAUGAGGAUGAAGAAGAUGAGGAUGAUGAAGAAGAGGAGAAGAGCAAAAAGAAGUCUUCAGCACUAAAGGUGGAAUGAGCAGCUAUGAUGGCAGUUAUUUUAGAAGAGGUCGAAAGCACAAGUUGGAGAAGGUCAGCAGGGGGAACGUCCUCCAGAGUGCAAGCAGCAGUAGUUUGUUUGUUUUUUUGCCCUUAGCAGCUGAAGGAACUCCUACCUAGCGAUUGGUAUUUUAGUUUGCGUUGAUCAUGUUAGUAUGUCUGCUCAUUAUUAUUUUUGUUUAUUCAUUUUCCAGUCUUCUGUUUAUAAAAUCUAGUAGUGGGGAUUACAGUGUUUGCUUGGGUUUAGCUUUUGCUUAUCGUGAAAAUUUCACAUUAGAUCCUUGACCUUAUCUGCCUUUCCUCCCUCGUCCAAGGUUUCUAUGUGGUGGUUUCAAAAUGUGUUUCAGUUUAAACCUACAGUAUUGCAAAAACUGAAGGAAUUCAAGAUGCUUUGAAAA